UUGGCAUGAAUAAUAAAAGGGAGGAAGAUUCCACGGUGAUGUUUUUUUUCGGUUCGUCCUCUAACGAGGAUUUUCCAAGCAGGUUUUUCGAUUAUUUCGCUCUUCUCUGGGUGUCCCGCUCAGUACAGUCUGUGACAUCGUCGUGUUUAGAAGCGUGGCCGGGGCACUGCUUAAUCAACUGGUACUUUCGGGUUGUGUCUUUUUUUUCCUUCCACCGCUGUUUGAUUAUCAGCUCAGAAUUACAAUGGCCUCCAGAAUCAUUAGUCUGGCGUUCCGUCAGAAAGUGGCUACGCUUUCCGGCACCGGGGUCACAGCGCGCAUGAUCCACAUCGGCUCGGUACGUAGCUCGAAUAUACUGCAGGACUCACCGAAUGCCCAACUUAACAAAACGCUGCUGGAUCGUUACCGUCGUCUGGAUUACGAUAGCAAAUUCGUUCAGGCAACGUACGUGUGGAUUGAUGGAACCGGUGAACACGUCCGUCUGAAGGAUCGUGUGCUGGAUUACAGCCCCCAGAAACCGGAGGAUUGCCCCAACUGGCAGUAUGACGGUAGCUCGACUUAUCAGGCUUUGGGUGGAAAUUCCGAUAUGAAACUGGUUCCUCGAGCUCUGUAUAGAGAUCCGUUCAAAGUAGGCGAGAAAGAUGUUAUUGUUUUGUGUGACACAUACCAACCGGAUGGCAAGCCUACUGAGUCCAACAAGCGAGCCGCUAUGCAGGAUGCCUACAAUGCAACGAAAUCAUACGAGCCCUGGUUUGGGAUUGAACAGGAGUACACGUUCUUAGACAUCGAUCAUAGACCGCUUGGUUGGCCGUCCGGUGGAUUUCCUGGUCCGCAAGGUCCGUAUUACUGUGCAACGGGAGCGGAAAACGUUGUUGGUCGAGAUAUUGCUGAAGCUCAUGCUGUUGCCUGUUUGUAUGCCGGAAUUGAUUUUGCCGGAACCAAUGCCGAGGUGAUGCCGGCUCAGUGGGAGUUCCAGGUUGGACCGAGUCUAGGCAUGAAGUGUGCCGACGACAUUUGGGUUGCUCGGUACAUUCUGUGGCGCAUCGCCGAGGACUACGGUGUGGUUGUGUCCUUUGACCCGAAGCCCAUGGAGGGAAAUUGGAAUGGGGCCGGUGGGCACUGUAAUUUCUCCACCAAGGAAAUGCGGGAAACUAACGGCAUCGAGGCCAUCAAGAAGGCUAUUGAAAAACUCUCGAAGAAACAUGCCAAACACAUCAAAGCCUACGAUCCACGCGGAGGAAAGGACAAUGAAAGGCGUUUGGUUGGUCGCUUGGAAACCUCUUCGAUCGAUAAGUUUAGCUGGGGUGUCGCAGAUCGGAGCACCAGCGUACGCAUUCCACGUAGUGUGGACGAGAUGAAGAAGGGAUACCUGGAGGAUAGACGUCCCAGCUCGAACUGUGACCCUUACAGUGUUUGUAAUGCGAUUCUUACCACCUGUUUGAUUGAAGAUUGAGAUACUUCUACUGAAAUCCAAUUCGUUCCUGCGAUGGUGUGAUUAAACAAUAUACCUCAUAUUUAGAAUCAUAAUAAUUUCAUUGCUUGUGAUGAAUCAAAAAUAAAAAGACUACAGAACCCAGGAAAGACCGCCGUAGAAGGAUAUAUCAUCCAAUAAAAUCCUAUUUAUAUUUGCAAGAAUUAAAGAAUUGAUCAAAUAGAAAGUUUAAAGCUUGAAAUUUUGAAUACAAUUGUUACAAAAUAA